AGGCUGAGUACAGCCACUGCAGUCGCUCCAGCGAGACGUGCCAGAGACCCUUGAAACACUACGGCGCCUUCCGGGAACAGUUUAUGCAACACCUGUUUUGCUGCAGCCGACGCCUGCAAACGUUUGAGGAUGAACGAUGCGAAGGGCCUUUGUGCCGAGCCUACGACAUGACCUGUCCCGGCUCAAAGUUACUGACGUCUGACAUGGACUGCACGGUGUAUCAUUCACAUGAUCCUGGCACCAUUAUCCAGAACAUGAGUUUGUUGGCGCAAGAGAAACUCCUUCCCUACGUCGAUGGCAAGAGCGACAUCGGUACCUUGUUCGACGUGAGUUUGUAUGGAACGUGGACCUGGAUUCCAGAUGAAAUCUAUCAGCGUUUUGAAUGGCCUGCGUCCAGUAAGUCUCUCUUCGAAAAAGUGGAAGGAAGACAGACAGAUGGCAAGGAAAGCACCGCCGUGUGGGUCUUUCGUCGUAAAUGCACGCCCAGCGCAAGACAAGCGAUUUUAGACAAGGUUUGGCGCAUCAUCCGCGAGGGAGCUGAGGACAUUCAAACCGAAAAUCUGGACAAAUUGGUGGUGGCGUUGCAAACCUUUGUUGGCAACUUGGCGAAUGGUUCUUAUGGCUAUGGCACCUACACCAGCGACUGGGACCAUUUGUAUCAGGACUUCAGGGCUGUGUCCAGUGUUCAACGGGAAGGCUACCUCACCUACGCAGCUACCUUGGAGGUGGUUGGGCGACAGCAGGUUGGUCUUCCAACAACCUUUGCGGAGGAUUACCAUUGCAUGCGACAAGUCAGUUUCUUGGAACAGCUGGCAUUUAUUGCCCAACACAUCCAGACAGAUGUGCCCGAAGAAAUGACCGAGAAGAGCUUUAGCGAGUUGAGUAUUAAGUUGCUGCUGAAGUCUGGAAAAUACUUUGAUCGCUUAUUGGAAGUUGGUGGUCCGGGCUACGAUGAGGGCUUCAGCAAGACUCAACAUCGGGACCCGAAUGCAGCCGACAACAGUGUGCUUUGGAGAGUCCUACAGGCCGUGUAUGGCAGCACUCAUUUGGACGCAGUGCUGAGCGGCGUUUGCAACCAAAACACAGCCUCGUCGGCAUCUGUGAGCACCAUGGCCUUCGACGAUGCGGAAGUGCGACGGAGGUCCUGCAUGGACAUUGCCAUGUGGGGCAAUGCUGUUCGACAUAUGGAUGCAUUUCGAAGGGAUACUGGCGAUUUGAUUCGGCCCAUGGUGCAAGCGUUGUAUACUUGCUUGGUGCACCCGAACGCGACGCAGAAAAUGCACCGAACCAUGAGUGUGAAAGAAGCCAUGCUCGAUUCCAUUGGUCAAUGGGCUAACGCUGUGCCACCACUACAGACACCUCUGGCGGGACGUCUGGCGGGCUAUGGGAGAAUCGCAUGGCUACUGGCGCCAAUCUUGGCGCUGGGCUGCCUAGGCUUCUCAAUGGUGCGCAUGCGACAGCGGGCGAUGCUGAAGCGAAAAAAUAAAUACGGCCUCCAAAAUUUGAAACGUCCGUAGGACGUGAGGACGUGAGUUGUGAAACUUAGCACCGGCAAAGGGCAUAGCUCAACCAGAUUCAACAUGACUGUUCAUGACCUGCAAUGCAUUUGCGCU